GCUCGGCCCGGCAGAGGGGAUCAUGCUCUGAGUGGCGGUGGGGGACCCUGACAAGCCGCGCCAUGGGCUGCCGCUGCCCCCGGCUGCCUGCCGGGCCCCUUGUCCUCCUCCUCGCCUGGCUCCUGGAGCCCGGAGCGGUCUCUGCCUUCUCGGAAGCCGCGAUGAGCACCGCCAGCCUCGACCCCGGCAGCUCAGGGACUCUGCAGCCGCCGAGCGGGACCCCCUUAGAGGAGACCCGGCUCCAUGUCUUCACCCUGGACUAUCCGCACGUGCAGAUCCCCUUCGAGAUCACCCUCUGGAUCCUGCUGGCUUCCCUGGCCAAGAUCGGCUUUCAUCUCUAUUACAAGUUGCCCUCCAUCGUGCCUGAGAGCUGCCUCCUUAUUCUGGUUGGAUUACUACUGGGUGGAAUUAUUUUUGGAGCCGAGGAAAAGUCCCCACCUGCAAUGAAGAGCGAUGUUUUUUUCUUGUAUCUCCUUCCACCGAUUGUACUCGAUGCUGGAUAUUUCAUGCCGACUCGUCUGUUCUUUGAGAACUUUGGUACCAUAUUCUGGUAUGCUGUAGUGGGCACACUCUGGAAUUCUAUUGGCAUUGGGCUUUCCCUCUUUGGGAUUUGCCAGAUUGAAAUAUUUGGCUUGACCGAUAUCACUUUGCUGCAGAGCCUGCUCUUUGGCAGCUUGAUUUCAGCCGUGGAUCCUGUUGCAGUGCUGGCUGUUUUUGAAAAUAUUCAUGUCAAUGAACAGCUUUACAUCCUAGUGUUCGGAGAGUCUCUGCUGAAUGAUGCCAUAACAGUGGUCCUGUACAAUUUGUUCAAGACUUUCUGCCAGAUGCCCACAAUUGAGACCAUUGAUGUAUUUGCUGGAAUUGCUAAAUUCGUUGUGGUGGGGAUCGGUGGAGUGUUGAUUGGAAUCUUUUUGGGAUUUGUGGCAGCAUUUACAACCCGUUUCACCCAUAAAAUCCGAGUGAUUGAGCCACUUUUUGUCUUCCUCUACAGUUACUUGUCAUACAUAACAGCUGAAAUGUUUCACCUCUCAGGCAUUAUGGCGAUAACAGCUUGUGCCAUGACCAUGAAUAAGUAUGUGGAGGAGAAUGUUUCCCAGAAGUCCUACACAACCAUAAAGUAUUUCAUGAAGAUGCUGAGCAGUGUCAGUGAGACCCUGAUCUUUAUUUUCAUGGGAGUGUCCACGAUUGGAAAAAACCAUGAAUGGAAUUGGGCCUUUGUUAGCUUCACCCUCCUCUUCUGUUUGAUCUGGCGUGCACUGGGUGUUUUUGUUUUGACUCAGAUCAUUAACAUGUUCCGGACAAUUCCUCUAACUUUUAAGGACCAGUUCAUUAUUGCCUAUGGAGGUCUCCGAGGAGCCAUCUGUUUUUCUCUUGUAUUUCUGCUUCCUGUUGCUGUGAUCCCCAGAAAGAAAUUGUUUAUUACUGCUACUAUUGUGGUGAUAUUCUUUACCGUUUUCAUUCAGGGAAUAACAAUUCGCCCACUGGUAGAGUUUCUUGAUGUUAAAAGAUCGAAUAAAAAGCAGCCAGCUGUCGGUGAAGAAAUUUACAAUCGGUUCUUUGAUCAUGUGAAGACUGGAAUUGAAGAUGUGUGCGGACACUGGGGUCACAACUUUUGGAAAGAUAAGUUUAAAAAAUUUGACAAUAAAUUCCUGCGGAGACUUCUAAUCCGGGAGAACCAGCCCAAAUCCAGCAUUGUUUCCCUGUACAAGAAGCUGGAAAUCAAACAUGCCAUUGAGAUGGCAGAAAGUGGGAUGAUAAGUACAGUCCCAUCCUCAGCUUCUCUCAAUGACUAUCCGGAAGAUAAAGUAAGGCCGCCUUCCCCUGCUGAAAUGGAUAAUAUGCGAGAAAUAUUAACAAAGAAUCUCUAUCAAAUACGACAUCGAACGAUGUCAUAUAACAGACACAGCCUGGCUGCAGAUGCAAGUGAAAAACAGGCCAAAGAAAUUCUUAUCCGUCGCCGACACAGCCUGCGGGAGAGUGUAAAGAAAACCCACAGCCUAUCUAGGGACAGACCGGCUAUCACCAAAGCAACACGGUUUCUGUCCCUGCCUAAAAACACUAAACUGCCAGAGAAAUUACGAAUAAGGAAUAAAACAUCUUUUAGAGUAGGGGGUGCGGACAGCAGUGACUCUGAAUUGGAGCUUCCUACCACAGUGCUCAAUUUAAAACCCAGAGCACGAAAAAUUUUGCAAGACCAGAGCCAGCAGCAGCCACUGCAGCAAUUUAGAAUGGAGUGGAGGAAUGAAGUUAAUGGAGACCAUGAUGGAAGGGUAGAUCGCAGAGAAAUGGACAAUGAAGCUCAAACAUCCAGAGGGUUCAGGCAACCACUGCUAUCGAGACCAAGAUUUGGAACAGUGAGUGAAGAAAAUUUGACUGAAGAUGUUAAAUCAACAAGACCAAAGCCACCACCACGAAUAGUCAGGUGGGCAUCAGAAGCUGAAAGGCAUAAAAAUAAAUCUCAGAAUCAGCCAUACUGAAAAUAGCUGAAGUAGAACUAUCAAUAAUAAACUACAGAUUUAAAUUAGCAUUCUAAACCAUCUGACUGGACAAUGGGAUCUAUUUUAAAAACUUGGUGUGGAUCCUUUGGGUUGCAUGCCCAUGUCAUUAAUUAACUGGAUGAAAUACUACAGCAAAUACUAAACCCAAGACACAAAAGAAAAUAUCUUUUAUGAAUAACUUUUAGCAAUGCUUUGACAAUUAUGUUCUUAUAACCACUAAGGGG